AUGAAUACAGACGCUCCUAAGUUGAUUGCAUUCGGAGCUACUGGCACUGGUAAAACGACAUUCAUCAACGAUGCAAGUGGCGAGAACCUUGAAGUGGGAGAUGACCUCGAGUCGUGUACACAUGAAGUCGCUCCCACUCAGGUAUUCAGAAUCGACGGCCAAGAUGUUGUUCUGAUUGACACCCCCGGGUUCGAUGACACUGAACUCAGCGAUACCGAGAUUCUUAAACGCAUUACUGCAUUCCUCACAUCCAGCUAUAAACGGCUACAAGCUGACGGGCAUAAUCUACCUUCACCGCAUUACCGACGUUCGAGUGGGCGGUAUUUCUCGUCGUACAUUCCAGAUUCUCCGUGGAUUAUGUGGUCAAGAAACUUUGACCAACGUCUUGAUUGUCACCAAUAUGUGGUCGGACCCACCGACUGCAAAGGAGAUUCAAACGAGAAGCAGCUUCGAGAUAACUCCAAGUUCUUUCAGCCAGCUAUAGGUGCGGGUGCUCGUAUGGUUCGACGGCCUUACAAGGACACUAGAUCGGCGCUUGACAUCAUCCGUAUGCUCCUGGAGAAAUCACCAGUUACAAUGAAAGUCCAGCGCCAAAUAGUCGAUGAAGGAGAAGGCUUCUAUUCAACUGAGGCGGCUAAGGUACUGGGGGAAGAACUCGCCAAGAUGGAACAGAAAUACAUCAAAGAGAUGGAAGAGGUGAAGGAAGAGCUACGUCAAGCGAAGGAGCAAAUAACACCCAAGCCCUAUCGGAGCUUCAAGAUUUCCUCGCCCAGUCCAUCGCAGAGUCUGCUCGACUUUCCAGGGAGAUCCAGUCACUUAGGGAGGGUUUUGAAGAAGAGCGCUUGCGGUGGGAAAGCCGAGUCACCAAUGCGGAGAGAGUACGGAGCGAUGCAGAGAAAAGGCAGCAAGAGAUGGAACUUGAACUUAAAGAGUUACAAAGCCGCGCCGACCGAGCGAGUGGAGAAGAACUCAGGAGAUUGGAAAGAAUGA